UAUGAUAAUGAUGGUGAUGAUAAUGAUGAUGAUGAAAUUGGUGAAGCAAAUGUACCUGGUGUACCUGGCGUUGAUUAUCCAAUUUUUGGCCACAUACCUGAUACUGAUUUUCAAUGUUCAAAACAACAAUAUCCAGGUUUUUAUUCUGAUAUGGAGACUGGUUGUCAAGUUUAUCAUAGUUGUAGCCUGAAUAGUGUAAUGAAAAAACGGCAUAUAACCAUUGAACAGCGGCAACAACAACAACAAGAUCGAGAUAUUGUAGCAGCAGCAUCAGCAUCAAUACCAAAAACUAUUAUGAUGUCUGAAUCAAAAUUACGAUUAACUAAAUUAAUACCAUCAUCAACGACAACAACGGUGACAAAUCAUUCACGUAAAACAACCGAAUUGAUUGGUGGUAAACAUAGUUUUCUUUGUCCAAAUGGAACAAUAUUUUCUCAAGAAUAUCUAAUCUGUGAUUGGUGGUAUAAUGUUAAAUGUGAUGAAUCGCCUAGAUUUUAUCCAUUAAAUCGUGAUGUUUAUGCAUCCGGUUUAAAUCUAGGUAUUAAUGGUGCUAAUCAUAAUCAUCAUAAUAAUAAUAAUGAUCAUCAACAACAACAAAAUCGUGAUCAACAACCACAGCCAUCAAUGAUAAACAGUAGGAAAAUUUCUAUUGCUACUACAAAUGAACAACAACAACAACAACAACAACAACAAAAAAUUCAUGACAAUGACCAAGGAUACAUCAUCAUCAUUUAUGCCAAUCACAUUUAUUCGUUAAUACGUUCGAUUUGAUUAAUUGUUUUGUUUUUUUUUCAUUUCACUGAAUUAAAUUUUCAAAAAAAUUCAAUUUUU